CAUAUGUGAGCACUCAUGGCUGACUCCAGCAAAGGCUAUAAUAAGCAACGGGUUGUACUGGACACCAGCGGGUCAGAAAGACAAGCAGGGUAGUGCAAAUGGACGGUGGACGUGGAGGGAGACGGGCUGCUGUUACCUAACUAAACCUUGAAAAAAAACUACUGCCAAUCCUGAAGGAUUAGCUCCUUCCGCUGUGGUGUGCGUGAACCAAGAAUAACAAGGAUUACAGACCAUGGUCCUUCCUUCAGUGAUGGUAUUACCCCUGCUGAUCGUCAUAGCGGCGGGGGUAUACUACAUCUACAAUGAGGUCAUGCAGUACAUGGCCAAGUCUUUAGUGCGGAACAAAGUUGUGGUGAUCACAGAUGCUGUGUCUGGUGUCGGAAAUGAGUGUGCUCAUGUCUUCCAUAAGGGCGGAGCCAGGCUCAUCCUCUGUGGCGCGAGCUGGGAUAAAUUGGAGUCUCUGUAUGAUUCUUUGACAAAUGAUUCUGACCCCAGCAAGACAUUUGCCCCCAAACUGGUGAUUCUGGACUUUAGUGACAUGGAGAGCAUGGAGGAUGUGAUGGCUGAGGUAGUGGACUGUUAUGGCUGUGUGGAUGUGUUAAUUUGUAACAGCAGCAUGAAGAUCAAAGCUCCGGUGCAAAGUAUCUCUCUGGAACUUGACAGAAACAUCAUGGACAUCAACUACUUUGGUCCAUCCACUUUGGCCAAAGGAAUUCUUCCCACCAUGAUUCCAAGAAGAUCAGGACAAAUUAUCUUGGUCAACAGCAUCCACGGCAGACUGGCUGUUCCCUUCAGAGGUUCUUAUGCAGCCUCCAAGCAUGCGGUACAGGCCUUCUUUGACAGUCUCCGGGCUGAGGUAGAAGAGUAUGGGAUCACUGUGAGCACCAUCAGUCACACUUUCAUUGAUGCCACUGUUCUGCCAUCUCCUGAGAAUGCUGUCUUCAAACCAAACAGCUUGGCUGGAUUUAUUGCCAGCCACCUGACCCACGGGGUGCGUCCUUCAGUCCUGGCCAAUGAGAUUAUGCAAACGGUGAACAGGAAGAGGAAGGAGGUUGUGCUGGCCCACCCCAUCCCCAGGGUGGCAAUCUACUUCCGAGCUUUCCUACCUUCUUUUCUCUUUGCUGUACUAGGCGCUGGAGUGAAGGACUCUGUCUUGGCUGAGCAGAUGCAGUAGCACAAAGGUUGAAGAAGAUGACAGACAGCAAUCAUGCAUAUAUUCCCCCCUUUCCCAAAAUGUUGAGCUGACAGUGAUUAAAGGAAGGAAAGAAGCGAUAGUAGGUCUUGCCUACAAUCCCUGUUAACAGCACCCUACUAAACUAUAUGGAGAAACUAAGAGAUGCAACAUGUAUGUUUCAUUAAUUUGAGUCAUCAUUGAUUAACACAUCAAAGGAAAUGUAAUAAAUAGAAUAAAACAAAACAUUUUCCCAUCAAAAUAAAAUCUGUAGGCAGUCAAACGUGUCUAUUUACCACAUGUAUUUAUUAUUUGUAGGACAUUUGGAGUUAAGAUGUAGAUAGAGGCACCACACUAAACAUUUUAUUUAAAGUUAAUAUUGUACCCGCAGUCAAAAAUUCGCUAUUUGUGAUUUCUUUGGCCAUGCAAUUUAAUUUGCAUUGUAUUAUAUAUUGAAAAGUAGAAAUCAAAUAAAAUUAAAAGACACAAAAAACUAUUUUUAAUGAGAAAAAGAUUUUUUACUAUGCUCCUUUGAAAUCAUCAGAAGGUAGAGGUUUGAACAUUGGAAAUGUUUUGUUUGAUGUUUCGCUAAUCCACCAGUCAAACAAAAAAAAUUGGAAAUUAAAUCUUUAAAACAAACAAAAACAUAAAUACUAAAGAAAAUAAUUCUUGCAUGAAGAAAAAACUCAAAGUGAUAACAUUUUUCUCUUUUAUAACUUAACUAAAGUUUCGUAAUAAUCAACACAAAACAUAUGGGACAUGUAGUUCAUAUCAAUACAUAAUAAAACAGAUGCAAAAUUCAAGCAAUCUCAGUCAUGGAGAGAGCACUCAAAUCAUUCAAAAAGGUAUUGCUGCAUCAACAAUCUAAAAUAUAAUACUCAUUUUCAAUGCUUUGGCCAAGUAUUGUAUUUUG